AAAUUGUGUCAAGCAAGACGGCAACAACUCACAUUUCUCAAUCAGGCGUGAGAAAUUGGUCCGCAGGCGUGAGCGGGCGUGAGAUCGAAGUUUUCAACCCGCAGGCGUGAGACUCACGCCUAAGGCGUGAGAGUUGGCAGGUAUAGUAUUUGCGGGAUUUUUUGGCCCUUAAACCCUUCCACGACUACAGUUUAUGUUCGGUCUGCAUUUUACCCCAGCCUGCGUUUUACUCUCAGUCUGCAGUCUGCAUUUUACACGCAGUCUGCAUUUUACCCCUGGUCCGCAAUCUGCAGUCCGCAGUCCGCAGUCUUUUAGUAAAAAAAUUCUAUCUCUUUACGGUGCAUUUUAGCACAGCACCGUUAAGAAAUUUUGAUAAGGGCCGAAUGUGCUAUUUGUGACCUCGUUUAUGUAGGAAUCUCUCCUUUCUCUUGCAUUCCGUGUCUCGGUCUCGGCUGGGUGUAGUUGUUGGAGGGAAUUUUAACCCAGCACAAGACGUACUUAUAUCAUGCAUACAUUGUUGAACCCAAACUCUAUUCAUAUUCGCUGUUUAUACAUUUGGAAUGUAACACGAAAGAACGUACAACAGCUUUAAGGUUCUGCUUGUGCCAGACCGGUCAUUCGGCCUGGUUCGGCUUAUGCCCUGUCCCGGGUUUGCGGGGGUCACUCCCUUAUAUAGGCUAUAUAGGUAUGUGCGGUGCCAAAGGGUAUGGUUUUUUAGCCAUUUUGGUGUCUGAAAUAGGGUAUCAAUUUUGACCAUUUUAGUCUGAAAUAGGUGCCGUAGCUGUUUCCCACAAAAUUGUGGCUGUGUAUAAAAGAGAUGGUCGGCUGCAAUAGUCCUGACCUGCUCUCCAAGAUCUCAGUUUGAGCAGUACAUAAUACAUAAAGACAACAAUGUUAUAAGGAAAUAAUACAUAUGGCAUGAGCCGAGCAUAAUGGUAGGGUUACAGGGGGACUUUCCCUUUUUUAUCUCCCACCCCUGUUAAGGUUGACAGGUUUUGAAAUGGGGCUUGGGACUCUAUCUUCAAAGAAGCUGACCAAAUUGAUGUGGACCUUUCAGAUUUUAAUGCAGUCAAAGGUGCAAACAGAAAAUAAGAAUUGACCCUUUCUGAUGUCAUUUCAUUGAGGGUUUGAUUUACAGCCAACUUUAGGGGGUGUGGAUACAAUAUAAAACUUCCUGGGGGCUGAUCCAAUCUAUGUUUUGUUGAUGCCAGCUCUUUGAUAUCCUGCAUGGCAUGAAAUUGAAAGGGAAAAGUUUAUAGGGUUUGUUGUGAUGAACAGAUGACAACUGACCUUUAAACUUAAGGAUUUAAUUUGCUAAUCUCUUACUAUCAAGCAUACAGGAAAACAUGGCAGUAACGUGCAAAAAGCUGGGUCCUUAAAAUACAGUCACUGAAUAGUCACUGACUGAGAUUACAGGCUCAGAAGCACGAGUGACACAAAACAGUUCAUAAUGUCUCUAUGUACAGCCACUGUAGCCUCUUUAGUUUCGAUUAUGGGAUACAACACUAAUAUACUACAGGGUUAAGGCACUAGGGUCCACUGGGUGCUGCUGGAGCAUAUAGCCUUGCCAAAAAGCCACAUGAGGAGCACCUAUAUAACAUAAGUCUCUCUUGCUGAAUAGUGUUCAGGAGGGGACACAUACAUAGUUUGUAGCUUUUAACAUAUUUUUCUGUUUUGUCUUGUUUUUUUUUGUUUUUUUUGCAGUUGUGGCCUUUGCCAUUGCAGCUAACCAGAACAAACAACUUUUAGGCAAAAAUGGGCUCCUUCCAUCUGACCUAUACUUGGAGAGAAUUGAAAGUCACUUUUCAGAUACUGGCUGGAGGAAAAUUCUUCAUGUUCCAACUGUUCUUCUGUACACUGAUAAAAGUAGAAUUGAGGAACAUUUGGAUCUACUAGCGUAUACUGGGAUGUUUUCUCCAGGAGUUGUUGUGGUCUUUGGAUGUGCGAACAUGUUUAUCAUGACAUUACUUUGGGUAUUAUACCAUUCUAUUGUCAACAUUGGGCAGAGGUGGUAAGUGUUUAUAAUUAAAUGUAUCUAAAUGCCUGGCCUUCGAGGAACCAGCUACUGGCCCUAAGCUUAAUCGCCAGCUGUUAGUCAGAUAAUACAGGUCAGUUUAAUAGGUUAUCUGUACCCCCUCAUGCGAUGUGGAUAUGCCUCUACUGCUUGCUGCUAAAACUAUAUAUUUGUAGAUGUGUCAAAAGUGCCCUGCAGAUCAGUGUAACCAAAAAAUACUAUAAGGGGAAGUAAAUUAGAAGGUAGGUCAUGUUGAAAUGAAAGGAUUAGUGUUCAUCAUAUUGUAGGUGCAAGGCUAGCCUGAGAAAACAGCCGACAUUUGGUGACGCUACCACUGGUUUCUCUGCCAAAUGAUGUCUGAGAAACAAAUGCAGAAAUUCCAUACUGAUUACGCGUCACUACCCAGAUUUGGGUAGUGCUUCUGAUUGGUCGUGCUGCGUGGGAAAUUUGAUUCAACCAAUCAGAAGCACUACUCAGAUCUGGGUAGUUUUCUCAGGCUAGUGCAAGGCUGAAACAAAAUAGACUUUGUGUCCCAAACUAAAGAUAAUAGGGCAAAUUCCCAUUCACUGGGACAUGGUUCUAUCAUUCUUAAUUGGACUUAUUAAUUCACUGUCCUAAAACUAGGGCUCAGUUUUGUUUGUCAGUUGUGUGGUUCUUAGUUAUAUACCUUAUUGAUGUUAGCACUGCUUUGGCAGACAAUAACUAUUUUUUGUUGAAUGAACAUAUCUGUCACUGAUUUUUUUUAAUACUGUUUUUCUUUCAUUGCUAUCUUGUUUGAGCAAGGUAUUCAUUUGGUAUGUAUGUAUAGUAAUUGCUUUUCAACCUUUUUCAUCUUUAUUUGUGCACCAUAUAUUGGAUGUAAAGUCAUUUUUUAAAAUUAAUUGCUAAUUAAUUAUGUGAUAAUGACAAAUGAGAUGGUCUGUUUUAAAAAAUAGGAAUUUACAUGGGUUUUAAAAGUCUGUCAGUCACUCUAAAUUAUGAUCAGCUCAUUCAUAAGAUAAUUUCUGUAUUAUUAUAACAGAGCUGCAUAAUUUCUUUUGAAGAUUUGAGUUUGAAAAUAAAUUAUUGUGACUCGCCCUCUAUAGUUAUUGAUUUGUAAUGUUUUAUGCUGCAUGGUUGCAUGUAUAUUUAACUGUGGCUUGAUGAUUAUUUCGUUUCAGGCUGAGAGUCACAGCUUCUUGAAACAGGUUUCUUGGCAAUCUUUCUUUGUCCAGUAUUUAAAAUGCAGCAAGUUCCUGUCCAUACACCCACACCUCUUGUUGUCAUUUGGGGAUACAGAUGGCUUCGUUAUAUUUCGUAUCAUGAUUAGCGCUGUAAGUUCUGCUAUAUUAUGCAUGUGAAGAUGGAGGUGAUUGUGUAUUUUGACUGCCAGCUGGUAUGAGCACUUGCAUGGCAUCUUGUUUUCAUUAUCACUGACCGGCAAUUCUCUGCCGGUUAAUUGUCAUUAUUUUGUUACAGGUAUGGUUUGACUGAGUUUUUUAGGGGGUAUACUUCCCCCCUUUAAGCAUUUUCUUUGUCGGCAUUAACAAAUGUAUCAGAAAAAGUUUACCACAGCUGUAUGUAAGAUGAAAAUUUUGUAUGAUCCAUGUUUUAUUGACAUGGGAGUUGUUCUGGCAGCAUAAUGAUGCCAUUACGUUUUUUAUUUUCAUUUGUAUUUCUCGGUACCUGGAGUUUUUUUUCAAAAAUCCCUUUAAGAAGCUUGUACUUCCCUUAGUUGGGUCGAUUAUGGCAAAAUUUGAGCAAAUGCUAUGAGGAUGUUUUGGAAAUAUUUUGAAAUGUUAAGGGUUCAAAAAACAGUAAAUAAACAUGCAAUCAACAAUACAGUUUCGUCUCAUAGUGGUUUGAUUCCAUCUAAAACUGUGGACAAAAAAGGGGGGAUAACUAUGGCCGAUUGCGAGAAUUUGAUUAGUCUAAGUUUGACUGCUUUCUUUACCACUUUGGCAUGUAAUUUGUCCUCUCCUACAAAUUUCACGGUAAUUUAAAAACUGAUUGAUAAUUUUUUUAAAAAAACUUGACAAUCCCAAGAUUAAUCAUCAAUUUACAUCUCCUCCAAGUUUCAGGGACAUUGAAAAUAAGGAAGACAAUUAAAUGGGGCUUCAACUGUCACAAAUCCCCCCCACCGCUGCCCGGUUUUUUGUAUUCAAGUGAGCCUCCUCAUGGUAUUGUUUUCAAGUUUCAUAUACACAGACACAACUUUGUCAAAAAACUAAUUUGCAUUCAAAAUUUUUGGACCCUUGAUUACAUAGUAAUCACUCAAAGUAGGGAAGUAUACUCACUUAAAAAUCCAUUUGAGCCAAAGUCAUUAAUAUAUAGAUUUAGCCAGGGCUAAAAGCGAAGCUCUCGAUAAUAUUUAUAGUUUGUUCAAACAAAAUAUAAAAUCGUGUAAUGCUAAGCGGCGAAGGCAACGCCGGAGAACGGUGAAAAACAACAAUAGGUCUAAUUAGCAAAAAAGCAACUUUGCACGUGCAGCUCACUUUUUUUGUUCAUUUCUUUGCCGUUGUUUUGGACGACUACAACGUGAAACUUCCAAAAACGUUUUUAUGGAGGAAAUGUCGUACGUGUUCUCGUUCACUUUUUUUUCACUGCCGCUCAUUUUCUUCUUGCAUUGGUGGCCGCUAGCAUUAAUUUUCUCAUUUUGUCACCGCUGCUACAAAAUUUUCAUGUUGUUCUUCCAACAAAAAAAUUUCUCCUUUGUUUUUUAUCUCUCGCUCUAGAUCUCUGUCGCCCUUUUUCUCGUUGAGUUUCGCUGGCCUGCCGCUUUUUCUCUUUUUUUUUUUGUCUUUCUCUGGCUCUAUAUUCCAAAUUUGUGGACAUGACAAUUAAUUUAAGCUUAAUACUUUAGAAAACACGGAUACAGAAACAAUUUCCGCUUUCGUCUUUAUUGAAUUUUUAGCUGCCUCUGCUUUACAAGACGCGGGUGGCUAUGCGAUUUCCCGCCAAAAUAACCUCGAUUUGCAUUUGGGUCGCCAUACCUGUUGACUGAGUUAUUUUACAUUGGUAGGCCUGUGGUGCGGACGGACGGUCGGGCGUACGGUCACGUGAUUACCAAAUUUUCUCAGAUGGGUAGAUUACCACAUUUUCUUACCCAUGGUGCUCCGCUGCGCGCUUCGCGCACGAGAGCUCCGCUAUAAUAUAUAGAUUUAGCCAGGGCUAAAAGCGAAGCUCUCGAUAAUAUUUAUAGUUUGUUCAAACAAAAUAAAAAAUCGUGUAAUGCUAAGCGGCGAAGGCAACGCCGGAGAACGGAGAAAAAACAACAAUAGGUCUAAUUAGCAAAAAAGCAACCUUGCACGUGCAGCACACUUUUUUUGUACAUUUCUUUGCCGUUGUUUUGCACGACCGCCACGUGAAACUUCCAAAAACUUUUUAUGGAGGAAAUGUCGUACGUGUUCUCGUUCACUUUUUUUUUUAUCACUACCGCUCAUUUUCUCCUUGUAUUGGUGGCCGCUAGCAUUUCUCAUUUUGUCACCGCCCUACAAAAUUUUCAUGUUGUUCUUCCAACAAAAAUGUCUUCUUUGUUUUUUUAUCUCUCGCUCUAGAUCUUCUCGCUCUGUUGCCGUUUUUCUCGUUGAGUUUCUCUGGCCUUCCUCUUUUCUCUUUUUCUCUGUCUUUCUCUGGCUCUAUAUUCCAAAUGUGUGGACAUGACAAUUAAUCUAAGCUUAAUACUUUUGAAAACACGGAUACAAAAACAAUUUCCGCUUUUCGGUUUCGUCUUUAUUGACUCUUUAGUUGCCUCUGCUUUACAGACGCGGGUGGCUAUGCGAUUUCCCGCCAAAAUAACCUCGAGUUGCAUUUGGGUUGCCAUACCUGUUGAUUGAGUUAUUUCACAUUGGUAUGCCUGUGGUGCGGACGGACGGUCGGGCGUACGGUCACGUGAUUACCAAAUUUUCGCGGAUGGGUAGAUUACCACAUUUUCUUACCCAUGGUGCUCCGCAGGCGCGCUUCGCGCGCCAGAGCUCCGCUAAAAAAAAGCUUCAAGCUGAUGGUUUAUCUAUAGUUUUAGUUGCAUGAAGUGCAUGCAUAGGCAACAAAAACUCCUUAAAUGUAUAGUGGUUGUGAUAAAUCUUAGCCUCAUGAUAAGUCUUAUUUCGGCGGUAGUUGAAACGAAGGUCUUUGUCUGUGAUUUAAACUAAUUAACAGACCUACAUGUACCAUGGAUAAUAGAAAGACCCAGUCUUUCUAUUAUCUAUGCAUGUACAUACACACAUUGCAUUGCAGUACCCCUGGCUUGCCCACCCUGACUGCCAAAGUAAAGGCCAAUGUAUUUUUAAGAACUUUGUGGAUGGCAGAUGAAUUACAGGAUUAUGUUGCUGUGAUGGCAUGCUUGUGGCUCUCUCCUCCGAAGAGGCCUUCUUUUGUCGAAGGGAGGAUGGGAGAAUGGAAAAAGAGAGCGCACGGGGUACGAUAGGCGCGCUUUCUAUUUUUCGAUUGUUGCUUUUUUGGGAUACCUAGCAGGAGCCUUUGCUGAGGAGAGAGUGUUUGUUGGACAUCUGUAAGGUCGUUGAUCGUUGGGUUUUGUUUCUUUUUGUUUAUUUAGACUCAGCCAGUACCAAAUCCUAUGAGUUACUUUAUGCACCAGUCUCCUGAGAUUUUCCAUAAAUUUGAGACUCUGACAAAUCACUUCAUAGAAUUAGUGGUUCCAUGUUUCAUUUUUCUUACAAGACCGUUUAGAAUUACAUGUGGCAUUUUGCAGAUUUUAUUUCAGGUAAGGAUCCUUUAACAAUAUUGGCCUCUUCACAACAUUUUGAUUAAUUAUAUAACGCUGCGCCAUCGUACAUACCUUAACGGCCGCCCGGUUAGCUCAGUUGAAGGCGUGCCGAUCUCAUGAAAGCGAGGCUGUGAUAAUGGGUUAAAACCCCGGCCAGACCAACAACCUAGGUCUUUACACUAAACUGGUGAGAACAUGCUAGCUGCGAUUAAAACCACGUUCUCAGCGUCUUCUUUGUCUUUAAAUGUCAGCAUCAGUUAAUCUGAGAGGACGUAAAAGAGCCCGUGACAAUGAUUCUAUCUGACCUGUGUCGUCAUUGGUCUGGGUGGGCGAGAUGAGACAAAAAGACUGACUGAUUCGGCUCCAUAGUGCGCCUUAACUGGCUGACGUCCAACCUUACAUCUAUGCUCCCUCUGCAAUGCGGCCACUGACUGUACGCGGGAGAAAACUGUAUGUUCUAAACUUUGACGCAUCAAGGAGCAAUAGAAUUCUACAGCACGCACCAUCCCGAUCUGCUCCUUUCCAGUACCACCAAAUAAGCUGCAACAACGAAGGCGGCGGCCGCGAAAACGUCACUUCAAAAAAGUGAAUUCGCGUUGUUUCAAACUUUAUCGCUCUUACUCCACCUCGUUCCACUUGUUAAAUGUUGGCGCAUUUUUCUGGAAUUGAAUUGUAAAGGACUGUAUCUAAGUUUAUACAAAGAAAAAGAAAAUCGUAGUCUUGCGUACACGUCCUCCAUAAAAAGUGAAAUUUAGGGGCUGUUUAUAUGAUUCCAGAGUGAGUUUCAUUCCAGAAUGAAAACCGGAAUGAACUCAUUCCAGAAUGACCUGUACGCGAACAAAAUUUAUUCUCGGUAUCAUGUGAACAGAUGCAAAGAAAUAUAUGGAGAUGGCAUGAACUCGCUUUGGAAUGAAAGUAAUUCCGGUAACAUGUAAACAGCUCCCGGCCUCUUAGUUUCACGCCUUAGUCGUAUCUCGACGGCAAAGAAAUGUACGAAAAAGCGUUAUGUACAUGCAAAGUUUUUGGUUUUUCUGAUCUGCUUUUUGGACGAUCUUGUUGACGUCGCCGUCGCCGUCCUCGGUUGUUACUUAUUAAGCUCCCUAAUAUCAAGUGUGAAGUACUCAUUGUAACUGCAUUUCUCUGCAGGUCAUUUUAAUAAUCAGUGGUAACUUGGGUUUUUUAAACUGGCUGACCAUUGUACCAAGCCUGAUGAGCUUUGAUGACAAGAGUCUGGCUUUUCUGUUUUCUUCGUCCUCAGCUAAGAACGAUGUCAUUAAAAUACAGCAAUUUCAAAAGGCUGGUGCUGGACCAAGGCCCACAUGGGGUACUGAAUUUCAUUUUAUUCUACCAAAUUAAUAACAGAUAGCGACCAUUUUUGGUUUUUACCUCCCAUAAGCACCCACUUUACACGUGUCUGAUCUACAACCUGUGCAAAUGGGAUAAUGCUACACCACCCCUGUAAGUAACCCCUAAUGGAAGUGGGUUUCUGCGAAACUGCCCACCUAGCCCUCCCCUAAGCCAACAUUAACACUUUUGUGUCACUUAAAGCAAAAUGUUGGUUUAGGGGAUGGGUAGGUGGGCAGUUUUCCUGAAACGUAUAAUGAUCCAGUGAAAGUUAAGCUCCUUAUUUUACGUGAGCCAUGCACGUCAACCGGAAGUGAGUUUUUUUCAUCUUUUAUAAUGCUUUGACACCACCAAAUUUGUAUGGCUAAGGUUCUUUACUCUUACAGAGACGCUUUGCCCAAACGUUUGUUCAAAAUCACCGCUCGAGUGUGCAUAAAGUCCACUUCCGGUUGAUGUGUUGAGACCGACAAUGCGCUCAUUUAUCCCCUUAUCUCUCCAUCAGUACUCUGUUAUACGGGUAUUUGAAGCUACUUAAAGCUACACGGAAAGGAAAGAAGUCGAAACAAGGAUUUGAGCUCACACCUGGAAAUCGGUCUCGGGACCUUCCGCAUAGAGGGGGCGGCUCACUAACCAACUGUGCUUUAUCCUUGUUUCAUGUUCGCUCUUUCAUCACCACGUUUUAUUUCAGAUAUCUAAUUUGGCCUAUGUACCUAUUGGGAUGCUCCCAAAUAAUGUGUGCUCAUUAGCUGAACCUUUGAUAAGGAGGAAGGAUUAGUGGGCGGCCUCUUGUGCGAGAGGUCCGUCGGUUGAUUCCCACGUGUGACCUCUAAUCCUUCUUUCGACUUCUUUCCUUUCAUAUAAUGUAGCUUUAAGUAGCUUUUAAAAAUACCCGUAAAAUGGAGCAGUAUUAGAGAGAAAGGGUGGGGGUCAUGAGCGCACCGUUGUCCUUUGGCUAUGUUCACUAUACCGGGCAGAUUUUGCGCCGGCACGAAAAUCCUAUAGGAUAGGGCUUCUGUUCACACUCGGCGCGAUUCCUGUAACGGAGCGAAGCUGUGCUGCGCAGAUCCCGAAAAAGAAGCGUCACAUAUCGGGUAGGUUCUGUGCCACACUUUGAUCCAGUGUGAACAGUUAUUCCGCUGACCAGAAUUGACUAAGUAUGAGCGAGGACUGGAAUCCACUGAGAUGGAGGUAAAUAUUCGAGCCCUCUCGACCAAUUACUCCGGCACGAUGUUCGAUGUGUGUGAACGACUCGUUCAAGUUCUGUGCCGAUGCUGUUCUUACUUUUCCCGAUAGCUUUUCGUGUCGACACCAAAAGCUGUGUGAAAUAGUAUGAACAUAGCCUUUAAGGUGAUGACUAUUUUGAGCUACCCAUGUAAAAUAAACACUUUGUACUCCUCUUGUGGUGUGGAUUACCGACUCGAUAUAAAUAAUGACACUGCAAGCCUUAAAACUUCUUCUAAUAGCCAAAAGAGUGCACCAUUUUCAAUUUUGGGUGAUCGGCUAUAAAAGAUCCGUGUACAAUAACGUAAACUUCUAGAUUUUUAAAUGGUUAAACUAGUGUAUUUUCAGCAGAGAGUUGUGACUUUCACGAUUAUGUUGUAGAACCUGUGUUAUCUUUUUUUUAGGUCUUUGUGUUCGUCGUGUGUUUGAGGUCAUGCUUGGUAUCAUGGUAGCGUAUUUAAGUAUUCCGGUGGUGCAGAACCUGCUUUCAUCUCGCCAGGCCAUGAACACUUCAUUUGAUUCCUUCAGAAUAGUGAACACUUACGUAGCUUUUGGAAGGUAAAGGAAGCAACAGAUCGCGCAGCUUACUCUGCAUGAUCUUCGACAAUUUUGAAUUCAGUAAAGAAUUAGAGACGAGAGACGAGUACUAGCCAACGAGGGCGAGGUUUAACUUAAAGUUUUUUCGCGUGUUCUAAAAAAAUAGACACCCAUAAAGCUUCAUUUUACUAUUUUUUCACCAGAAAAGUUGACACGGCUAUUUUUAUUGAAGGAGGUUAUAGACCUAAAGCUUAACUCCCGUCCGCUCAAAUUCGUGGUAGAAUGGCGACGGCUGUCACGUUUUCCUGCCAGAAUGACGCUGGUUCACGCGCAAAGUAUUGAGAAACGUGAUUGCAAACCUCCAGUUUCAGUGUCCACGCUAUGCUGCCAUAAUCUACCUAAAUUACACGGAAAAGCAAGCAAUUUGUUGAUUUCGUUAUAUCUAAUUUCCUUCUUUCUCUAGUUCUCAAUUUUAACUGAAUCAACUGAAGGCUAACUCGAUAUAUACUUCUGAUUGUUUUCAAUAUUUAGCAUUCAGGCUCCAAAUAUUUACGAGUACAAUUUUCCUUACUUUAAUAUUUCUUGUUUGUUUGUUUGUUUCAGUUGUGCUCUGUCAAUCUGCUUGAAGCGCAAGUAAAGUUUAAAAUGUUGAACUUCACGCGAUUUAUCGCAGGAACAAGGCCCAACAUCCGUGUGAUCAGGGAAAAGGAUAAUGCACUGUUUGACCUUUUACGUUGCUUUUCCAGCGUAACAAAAGAGAGAACUGAAGUGAUAUUUCAAGGAACAAGAAACUUAACUAUUAUUCCCGAUCAUAAAGGAGGCAUUUGGGAAGAAAAUCAGUUUCAGUGUAAACCUGGUGACCCAAAAAGGCGGCCAUGUGUUAUUUCACCAUAUCACUACAGACUGGACUGGCUAACGUGGUUUGCAGCUUUUCAGGUCAGUAUGCUGUUAAUGAGGCUACUUGCACAUGGCUUAUGGUCAAGUCGCCCGAAAUGUGUCUCUUCUGAAGUUAUGUCGCUGAGAGUUUCAACUGACUAGACAUUUUGGGCGACAUAACUCUAGUUUUGUGCGACAUAUAUCUGCUGGCGAGAUGACCGUUCGGUCGACUUGAUUGGUUACCUUGGAGGACGGGUGGCUUAGCUCGUGGUAAGAAUACUCGCCUCGUAUUAUUGCCUGACGUGUCAGUCCCAGACGUUUCUAGUCUCUGCAUAGUGGCGCACGGGAUGACUUCUCACCCCUCCAUGCGCGUUAGGGUAGACGGUUGAGGACGAGUAAGUACUAUUGCGACUAAUCGAGACCAGGUUUGCAUCAGGGAGGAGAAGCUUAAUGUGGGUCGCUUUUUUAUUGGUUCUAGCCCCAGUUCUGAGACCUAAACCCACCCCCCUCCUCGGCCCCACCCUUAAUCUUCCAAAUCAACUCCAUUGGAUGUAGAACGCACAAUAAGAAAACUAUUUGUCUUGCCACAGGUUUGACCGUUUGUUGGGUGUUUUUCUUAUACUGAUCUUCCUUAGAGUAGUAUAGUAAAUAGCAAAACCCUUUUUUGCGAGGACGUCUACUUAUCUUGCGCUUAAACGCACGGGAGCACCAUUCAUACCUGGUCAUCCGGGCCACGGGAAGGUUUAGCUGUUUGCAGGGCAAAGGUAGUACCUACGUUUCUGGGGUGUUUUAAGACACUGUAUAUUAGCCUGUCCCGGGGUUUUAACCCGUGACCUCCGCUCUGCAGUAAAGCGCUCUACCGAAUGAGCUAGUCCUUCCUUGGUUUAUAAGUAGUACGAAACAAACCUUAUACAGGUACAAUGAACUGUCUGUUUCAGAAUUAUCAAUACAAUCCCUGGCUGAUUCACUUUGCGACCAAGCUUCUUGUUAAUGAUGAGCAGGCAACAUCUCUGAUCGCUCAUAACCCGUUCAUAAAUGGGUACACCUCCAACGUAAGUUUGUUUUCGGGUUAUUUAUCACAAGGCUGGGGUUUCUACGUACUUGUACUACAUGUCGACUCGGACUAAACGCCAGUUUCCAUAUUAACUUUUGCAUAAUCUCUAUCUUCCCAUUCGUCGUGACGUGUCAUAAGCUCGAUAGAGUCGACCGGAGUUGAAGGAAUCAGACCGUUUCCUUUUCUUUCAAUUCCGUUCAUGAUUUCUUUGAAUAGACCUCUUUAGGGUCUGUUUACAUGGAGUGGGGGACCCCGGUCUAGUGGGGUUGGUUUCUUUUGUUUUCACGCUCUGGGAGACACAAAACAAAAGAAACUUACCCCACUAGACCGGGGUCCCCCAUUCCAUGAUAGAGUGUUUUCACUCACGUGGCCAGCAUCUAUGCAAAUGUUUUGGAACAAAAGAAAUCAUUUGCAUAAGAAAAGAGUUCAUCUCCCACAGGACUGGUUUGGGACACCAACAUGGCCGCCGUUUCAUUGUUUUGGGACACCAAUAUGGCCGACGUGACGUCAUGUGAAAGCACUCUAUUGUAUGUUUUGUUUUCCCAAUAGACAGCCCAGGAGAACUUGACUCUUUGUCCUUCCGAAAAUUAUGGGUACAUACAUAUGCACGUGAAUAAGACGAAAUUUGAAAGAAACAGUUCCCUAGAGUAUUAUCAUAUGACCUGUAUUUGGGAAAACAAAACUGGAAACGACGAUUUUGAAGGCAAACAAAACAGUUUCCGGUCCCAGUAAUCAUCGGAACUAGAGUAAACCAGUCACCGUGCUUGUUAAUCGGAAGGCUGUUUUCACUAGAUCAUAACACUUUGCUCUUCAGAUUCCAACUCCGUCAUUGUGAAAGCCAGCCUUUUUUUAGUGAUUGGCAUUAAAACGGUUGACUUCAACUGGUAUUGCAUUUCUUGUCUUUUAGAUUUAUCCGGGGAGAACACUACCUCUACAAGUUCACCACGCUUGGCAGCCGAGAAGCUAGGGCUGGGUAUUGGUGGACGCGCACAAAGAUAGGCUCUUAUUUCCCACCAAUUAACUUACAAGCUGUCAGGGAGUACGUCAGGUCUAAUGGAUGGAAAAUGCCUAAGCUAAAGAAAAACCGUAAAAGUUCACAUUAAAGUUGAACUAAGAAUAUUAUGCAAUUUAGAUCGCAACAGUGUUUAUAAAAAGGCUGGUAGCCAACAGAAGGAUACCUAAUUAUAGGGUAUACACUUCGUAAUUAGAAUAUUAAAAGGAACAAAAAACCACUCUUUCAGGAAUUUGUUGAUUUUGCAUUCUACUUUGGAGUGUCUAGUUUAGUCUUUUACAGAGCUGCGUAAAGCUCCGACCAAGUCAUUAUUUUGGUCGGGCAAAGCAAAAAUAUGGUCGGAUCAAGGGUGCAUUACGCGUCUUCAACGGAACUUGUGCUUGGUAGAUGAGGCGCUGGCAGGAAUACAUAGAUUUAGCCAGGAC